UUCUUAGUCAAAAGGGAACAUAAUUGUUAAUAAAUCAACAUAAUUAUUAGUAAAUCAACAAAAAACAGUAUUACUUUACUCAGUGAAAAUGUAAGUUUAAGCACACAUAAUCUAUCAGAGAUGCACAUAUUCAGGUGUGGCUAUCUUUGAGUGGUCCUUCAGGAGUCAAAGGGACAUUCUGCAUUGGGAAUCCUUUUCUUCAGCUGAGCGCAUUAUUUUUUUUUUAGGCACAUGAAUGGAUUACAUGCUCCUUGAUUACAGCGGGGUUGUGUCGCAGUAAAACCAUUAUCAAGUCGAACCAUCUCAUGUCAGGGACCAUCUCUGUAAGAACUGUGAGGUAGACCAGGUCUCUCAUGACCCCAUUGCUCUUUCCUCCUCCCCAGCUGAACCUCCACAGUUCUCUACACUCUUCCAGGAGCAGCAGAAAAUGAACAUGUCUCAGGCAUCAGUGUCAUUCCAGGACGUGACUGUGGAAUUCACCCAGGAGGAGUGGCAGCACCUGGGCCCUGUCGAGAGGACCCUGUACAGAGAUGUGAUGCUGGAGAACUACAGCCACCUCGUCUCAGUGGGAUAUUGCAUUACUAAACCCAAGGUGAUCUACAAGUUGGAGCAAGGAGCAGAGCCAUGGUCCUUAGAUGAUGAAUUCCUGAACCAGAGGUACCCAGGAUAUUUUAAAGUUGAUCACAUCAAAGGGAUCCGGGAAAAACAAGAAAAACCUCUGUGGCAAGAAAUAUUCAUCAAUGACGCUGACAAAACAUUGAGUAAGGAAGGACAGAAAGUUUUAGAAAAACCAUUUAAUCUGGAAAUAGCUCCAGAGUUUUCAGAAAAAAUACCCUGUAAAUGUGACUCACAUAGAAUGAAUUUGCCAAUUGCUUCUGAAUUAAUUAUAAGUGAAACAAAAUAUUCAAGAAAGAAGACUGAAUACAUGAAUGUGUGUGAGAAAUUGCAGCUUGAUAUUAAGCAUGAGAAAGCUCAUGCUGGAGAGAAAUCUUAUGAACAUGGUGAAAAUGUGAAAGCUUUCAGUUAUAAGAAAGAUCAGCAUUGGAAAUUUCAAACUUUGGAGGAAUCUUUUGGAUGUGAUGGAUGUGGACAAGGUUUACAUGAUAAGACAAUUUGUAUUACACCUGAGAGUUUUCUAACAGGAGAAAAGUCCUGUAAGGAUGAUGAAUUUAGAAAAAACUUUGAUAAAACCACUUUAUUCAACCACACGAGAACUGACACAAGGGGGAAAUGCUCUGAUCUUAAUGAAUAUGGGACAUCCUGUGACAAAACCACCGCCAUUGAAUACAAUAAAGUUCACAUGGCUAUGACACACUAUGAGUGUAAUGAAAGGGGGAUUAAUUUCAGUAGGAAGUCACCCCUCCCUCAAUCUCAGAGAACUAUUACAGGAUGGAGUGCUUUUGAAAGCAAUAAAUGUGAAGAAAAUUUUAGCCAGAGCUCAGCCCAUAUAGUACAUCAGAAAACACAAACUGGAGAUAAAUUUGGUGAACAUAAUGAAUGUACAAAUGCCCUCUACCAGAAAUUAGACUUUACAGCACAUCAGAGAAUUCACACAGAAGAUAAAUUCUACCUUUCUGAUGAGCAGGGGAAAUGCAGAAAAUCCUUUUACCGGAAAGCACACCUCAUUCAGCAUCAGAGGCCCCACUCAGGAGAGAAACCUUACCAAUAUGAGGAAUGUGCAAAAUCCUUUUGUUCAAGUUCACAUCCCAUUCAGCAUCCUGGAACUUAUGUGGGAUUCAAACUUUAUGAAUGGAGUGAAUGUGGGAAAGCUUUCUGUCAGAAUUCAAACCUCAGCAAACAUCUGAGAAUUCACACAAAAGAGAAACCUUGUGAUAACAAUGGCUGUGUGAGAUCUUACAAGUCACCCCUCAUAGGACACCAGAAAACAGAUGCAGAGAUGGAACUCUGUGGUGGCAGUGAAUAUGGGAAGACAUCACAUCUAAAAGGACAUCAGAGAAUUCUCAUGGGGGAGAAAUCCUAUGAAUGUAUUGAAUGUGGGAAAACUUUCUCCAAGACUUCACAUCUCAGAGCACAUCAGAGAAUUCACACAGGUGAAAAACCCUAUGAAUGUGUUGAAUGUGAGAAAACUUUCUCUCACAAGACACACCUCAAUGUACAUCAGAGAGUUCACACAGGGGAGAAACCCUAUGAAUGUAAUGACUGUGGGAAAUCUUUUACCUAUAACUCAGCCCUGAGAGCACAUCAAAGAAUUCAUACAGGUGAGAAGCCCUAUGAAUGCAGUGACUGUGAGAAAACUUUUGCCCAUAAUUCAGCCCUCAGAGCACAUCAUAGAAUUCACACGGGGGAGAAACCUUAUGAAUGUAAUGAAUGUGGAAGGUCUUUUGCCCAUAUUUCUGUUCUCAAGGCACAUCAAAGAAUUCACACAGGGGAGAAACCCUAUGAAUGUAGUGAAUGUGGGAGAUCUUUCACCUACAAUUCAGCCCUGAGAGCACAUCAGAGAAUUCACACAGGUAGAAAACCCUAUGAAUGUAGUGACUGUGAGAAAACUUUUGCCCAUAAUUCAGCCCUCAAAAUACAUCAGAGAAUUCACACGGGGGAGAAACCCUAUGAAUGUAAUGAAUGUGAGAAAACGUUUGCCCAUAAUUCAGCCCUUAGAGCACAUCAGAACAUCCACACAGGGGAGAAACUCUAUGAAUGUAGUGAAUGUGGAAAAACUUUUUUCCAGAAGACACGCCUCAGUACACAUCAGAGAAUUCACACAGGGGAGAAACCCUAUGAAUGUAGCAAGUGUGGCAAAACUUUCUCCCAGAAGUCAUACCUCACUGGACAUGAGAGGAUUCACACAGGGGAAAAACCGUAUGAAUGUAACAUAUGUGGGAAAACUUUUGUCUAUAAGGCAGCCCUCAUAGUGCAUCAAAGAAUUCACACAGGGGAGAAACCUUAUGAAUGUAACGAAUGUGGGAAAACUUUCUCCCAAAGAACACACCUCUGUGCACAUCAGAGAAUUCAUACUGGGGAAAAACCUUAUGAGUGUCAUGAAUGUGGGAAAACGUUUGCUGAUAAUUCAGCCCUCAGGGCACAUCACAGAAUUCACACAGGGGAGAAACCCUAUGAAUGUAAUGAAUGUGGGAAGACUUUCUCCAAGACGUCACAUCUCAGAGCACAUCUUAGAACUCGCUCAGGGGAGAAACCCUAUGAAUGUAGUGAAUGUGGGAAAACCUUCUCUGAGAAGUCAUAUGUUAGUGCACAUCAGAGAGUUCAUACAGGGGAGAAACCCUAUGAAUGUAAUGUAUGUGGGAAGCCAUUUGCCCAUAAUUCAACCCUCAGAGUACAUCAAAGAAUUCACACAGGGGAGAAAUCCUAUGAAUGUAAUGAUUGUGGGAAAACGUUCUCCCAGAAAUCACACCUUAGUGCACACCAGAGAAUUCACACAGGGGAGAAACCCUAUGAGUGUAAUGAAUGCGGGAAAGCUUUUGCCCAAAAUUCAACUCUCAGAGUACACCAGAGAAUUCACACAGGGGAGAAACCCUAUGAAUGUGAUGAAUGUGGGAAAACUUUUGUCCGUAAGGCAGCUCUUAGGGUACAUCACACCCGAAUGCAUACCAGAGAGAAAACCCUAGCAUGUAAUGUAUUUGGGAAGUCCUGAGGGAAUGCAUACCUUACCACGUUUAACAUGUAGUGCAGAAACUCAUGUGACAUAGGCUAAGAACUUGUUUCCCUUAUCCAUUUCCUUUUCCAUUAGGCUCAUAGCUUGUCGAAAAAUCCCAAUAUGCCAUUUAUUCAGGUGAGGCUGACCAUGGGAUGUGGUGCUAAUGAUAUGUAUUAGAUUUACUCUUGGUCCUUAAAAAAAAACCACCUCAAGUCUUCCUGGUUCAUAAGAUGGAUUGGAGGUUAUUUCUGCAGCAAACUUGGGUCCUGUGUGUUGAAAACCAUAGAGCACAAGGUCAAGGAAGCUAGAGUCUGAAAAACGAACAGAAUUCACUUCCAGGUCUUCACUAGGGUUUUGUUUUUGUUGCUUUAAAGCAAGAGUUAAGUUUAUAGUCUGUUAAGCUCUUACAAGUUUGGCUUAUUAGUUAAAUGGACAUAGUUUAGCUUAAACUUUCUGUUAGAGAGAUGAAACCCUAUGAGUAUAAUCAGUUUUAGAAAAACUGUAAUCAGUUUAUUGUGCAUCAGAGAUGUCACAUGAAGAAGAAAACUUGUCAACAUCCAGGAUGAUCAGGAGCCUUCAUUAAAACAGAAAUUUUAGGGAAAACCACAAAAGCCUUCAUAAAGUGAAUUGCAUUAAACAUCAAUUAUAAUAAAAUUUCAUAUUUUGAAUAAAUGACAUUUUUCCUAGGUAAUUUUUUCUGAGGAAAUAUGUCAGUUUUAGAAUUGGAGAUAAAAUAUUCACCUAGAACUGACGUACCAAGCUUCUGUUUUGUAAUAUCAAACAUUUUAUAGAACAUAUAUAAGAAAAUAUUUACCUAUAGAAAAACUCACUGCAGAAUGUGAAGUUAAAAAUGGAAUAAUUUGAAUUCUGUGGCGAAUAUGAAUAAAUGUGAAUAGUCUGAGCUCUGUGGAA